AUGGAGCAGCUAAACGGCUUAGCUAAACGGAACCUACGUCUUAUGGAUAUGAGCCACAUGCACGCAGGUAUUAACGGAAUAGGGUUCCCUUUCUCUCAGGCAAUGACCGUCCAUCAUCGGGGAAGCCAGGAAGUCCAAGCGACACCUGCGGACAUGCUCAACCCUUUCAUCGACUCAUCCGGACACAUGGGGAGCAUCAAACUGAGCCCCCAGCAUGGGAUGCCCGGAGAUGUCGUCCACCACACCCAGCCUACUCAUCAGUAUGGUCCACAGAGUAACGGCUAUGGUGUUCCACACUCGCAUCAUCAUCAUCACCAUCAUGUGGGAAGCUAUGCCGCGAGAGACUUCCUUUUGCGACGAGACCACAUGCCUUCUUUGGCCAACAACUUGGCCACCCAUGACCCUCUGUCAUCAGGAACGCAAACUCAUCAUGGUAUGUUUGUAUCGACGUCGACGGGACUUCAUAGUCAUCAUGGUGCAGAUCCAACUUCAUCUUCACAUGUUCUGUUCCCCAGUCUCGAUCAUCAUUCUCACAGUCAUGGACAAAUGCGCCUUUCUUUGCCUGGUUCGGACAUGUACGGGAGAACGGAUUCUUUUAACCACAUGGGACCAAGAACAGAUUCCCUCAUGGGAAGCAGUUAUGGACAUAUGCCUCACAUGGCAGCGCCUGGUGCUUUUUUCAGGUACAUGAGACAAUCCAUUAAACAAGAAUUGACUUGCCACUGGAUUGAUCAAGACCUCCCACAUCCGAGGAAACCUUGCAACAAGACCUUCAACUCCAUGCACGAAAUAGUUAGCCACAUUACCGUGGAGCAUGUUGGUGGUCCUGAGUGCACGAACCAUUCAUGCUUUUGGGAAGAUUGUCCUAGGAACUCGAGGCCUUUUAAAGCCAAAUAUAAACUAGUUAACCACAUUCGAGUACAUACAGGGGAAAAACCAUUCCCUUGUCCUUUCCCAGGAUGUGGAAAAGUAUUCGCCCGUAGUGAGAAUUUAAAGAUACAUAAACGAACUCAUACAGAAUGGUAUCUCGAUUCAUUCCAUUUUCAAUCCAUUAGCUUAAAUCUUGCUAAUGGCUUAAAAAUAAACAGCUCAGCUUAA